AUGUUCUCCCUGCCGUCACUCCCCUCCUGGCUCCCGGGCCUCCCCUCCCUCGAGUGGGGCUCCAGCCUCCUUGACUCCCUCCUGCAAGGAAGUGUGGCCGGGGGCAGGGGGACCCCACCGGGGCCGAGACUGGUGGUUCUGCACCUGUGCCCACACCCACUCUGCCCCCACAGUGACCCGAGGCGGCGGCCCGAAAAGGAGCGUCUGCAGGCCCAGUGGGCCUCACUGGAGCCGGCGCACCUGGCCGGGCUGGCCCUGCUCCUGAGCGCUGUGGGGGCCCGGGUGGCCGCCCUCGUGGUGCUCGAGUUCUCCCUCCGGGCCGUGUCCAUGCUGCUGUCCCUGGGCAAGGGCUCCCGGGACUCGGAGAGGCUGCGGCUGUACUUGCUGGGCCAGUUCUCGCUGGGCUGCGGGCUGACCUGCGGCCUGAGCUUCCUGCAGGAGGGCGCCCCCCGCCGCACGCUCAACCUGCUGCUGAGCCUGGCGCUGGCCGCGCUGCUGGGCUCGGGCGCCCGGCGCCUCCGCCACCACGUCUGCCGCCUCUACGAGCUGCACAGCGGCCAGCGCUACUGCGGCGUCUGCCUGGGCCUGCUGGCCGGCGCGCACCACCUCCCCCGGCUGCUGGGCCGCGCCCUGGCCGUGGCCUUUGCCGUGGGCGACCUGGCAGCCGUGGCCCUCAUCAACCAGGACUUCCUAUCCACCUCGGAGGCCGUGCGCUUCUGGACACCGCUCACCAUCUGCUACACGCUGCUGGUCAUCCACACGCAGGAGGAGCAACAGCAACACCCCGGCCUGCAGAGCCAGGUCCAGACGGUGCUGGUGCGCAUGGGCGGCCUCUUCGUGCUGCUGCUGACCGUGGGCCGCUGGCUGGACCUCCUGGGCAUCCUCGUCUCCCUGCUGGGCGAGCUCUGGUGUCUGCUGGGCAUCCGCACCCUGCUCGACCUCUGCCAGAUCCAGGAGUUUCCGCCCCGGAGGCCUUCGGUGCCCACGCCAAACCCGCCCCAGCCCCAGCACCCGCCCAGCCCCAGAGGACGGCCCCCUCCUGACCUGCCUCGGAAGGGUCUGGAGACUGUCUCAGGUCCACACGGGCCUUGA